CUUUUGCAGGGCUAUGGGAUGACAGAAGCUGGUCCGGUGAUAUCAUUUUGUAUGUCUUUUGCGAAGGAGAAAAUGGACUCGAAGCCGGGAUCAUGCGGCAUGGUGGUGAGGAACGCUGAGCUAAAGGUGGUGGAUCCACGCACUGGAGCAUCUCUCCAUCGUAACCAACGUGGAGAGAUUUGUAUUAGAGGAGAAAAUAUCAUGAAAGGCUAUUUAAAUGAUAAAUUAUCGACCGAGAGCACUAUAGACAAGGAGGGGUGGCUUCACACUGGAGAUAUUGGAUAUGUUGAUGACGACGAUGAGAUCUUCAUUGUUGAUAGGCUUAAGGAGAUCAUCAAGUACAAGGGAUUCCAGGUGGCUCCAGCUGAAAUUGAAGCCUUGCUUCUCACCCAUGAACAUGUCGCAGAUGCUGCUGUUGUCCCAAUGAAAGAUGAGGCUGCUGGUGAGGUGCCUGUAGCUUUUAUUGUGAGAGCAAAGGGAUCCGACAUCAGUGAGGAUGAUGUAAAGCGCUACGUGGCUAAACAG